AUGGCCGCUUCUCCUGCAGCCCUGCUUCCGCUUCUCGUCCUCGCCGUCAUCUGCGGCGUGGCCGAGGGUGACAGUAGCACAGGCAGCGCAGUGGACGCGAGUGUACACGUGGCAACGCAGGAGGGCACAGGCGGGGCGGUGGACGCGAGUGGUUACGUGGCAACGCAUCAGGGCACAGGCGGGACGGGGAGUGACAGCAGCACAGGUGGGGCGGUGGAAGUGAGGGUCCACGUGGCAACUGUGAUCUCGGUGCUGGGUGUGAGCCUCCCCGUCAGCUUCGACGCCCUCCGCUGCUUCAGCCUUCCCCGGGCGGCGCGCAAGGCGGCGGGUGACGUGCAGGUGUGGUGGCACGGGCUCACGGGCGGCGGCAAGGGCGGCGGCACGGGCGGCAGCAGGGGCGGCGGCAACGGCGGGGGCGCAGCGUGCAAGCAACUCAAGUUUUUUUGCCAACCCAGCCUGGAAGGGCAAGGCGCUGAAUGA